GCUCUCUGCAACAAACCUCAAUGAUUUAUGAUUCUAUUUACAAGGUAGGAAGGUGUGUGCAUAGAGAACUCGUCUUGGGGAGAAUCGAAAAUGAGAAAGCAAUCAGCAAAACUCCUUUUUCAAGUGAUCAUGGCUCUGAGAGUUAGCGUGUAACCAGACCGAACAGAACAAAAGCUGCACAGUUGGCAGAUUGUUUGAGAAGCUUCAAUUACAUCACCAGAGAUGCGUUGCUUGCGACGCAGCGGAAAUGGAAACCCUGCAAAACCCCUCUAUCCACAUUCGGCGGGCCAAAUUCAGGCCACGAUGAUGAGAGGGGCUGUCCAAGGGAGCCGGUGUGACUAACUGCAUCACGUGACUCAGGUCCCGGUAGCUCGGCCAUCUCAGCUGGCCCAUUGGUCCGGAUAUCACCUGGAAGUGGGGUCUCCAAGGCUCUCAAGCCUCAGUCCCUCCCCCAAGCCCAAGGAUGCGAAUAGUGCAUCACCACUUUGGCCAUUGCAUCCCAACCCCAAGCGACGCGACUCUUUUGUUUCUUUUCGCUGCACCAUACCACACCUGGCGCAUUGUGUUCAACCUUGUGCUUUGGUGGAACUGUUUCCCCUGGAUGUUGAUAUACUAAGCAGACUGGCUAUAAUCUCCUGUUUAUGCCUUGUUGCUUUACUCCCACCCUUUGGAAAUUGUCUUUGACGACAUCAUGAUAGUUUUGGGAGCUGCUCUACUUAAGGCCACCGAUCUCUCAUUCUCUUAGUGUAUACAGCUAUCUCCUCCCUCGUCAAACUAUUUGACGGACCAACUUACCAACACCAUGUCCUUCUUCGGUUUCGACCCCACGCGCCCGAGCCACAACACGGCGGCGCCGGGCUUCUCCCAGGCCCAUGACCCGUUCGCCGGCCUUUCUCGCGGCAAUAUCGAAGAUGACGAUGCCGUCGAGUUCGACGACACGUACGAUGGCCUAGGCGAUCAGCUCGAGGAAAGCGGCGAUGCCUUCAACGACGACACUUUUGGAGGUGGUGGUAACGAAACUAUCUCUUCCGCCCCCGUCGGCAAGGACUUCGACUUCUUCGGCCAAACAGCCAAGGUGUCGGAUGCCAUCGAAGAGGAACAAGUCCGCUACAGUCGCCAGGUCCCGUCGGCGAAGUCAGUUCCCGCACCUGCGCCGGUCCAGCCGCAACAGCACUACCAACAGCAGCCUCAGCAGCCUCAGCCGCAACACCAGCCUCCGCCGAACUACUACUAUCAAAGCCAGCAGGCUCCCAGGCCUGUCCGCACCGGCUAUGAGAAGUACCAAGAGGCAGAGCCUAUUCCCGAUCUCCACGUCGACGCAUCACUUUGGGGCAUGCCUUCCAAGAAGCCCGCCUUUCCCGAGCCUUCCCCGCAGCCGCAAGCCGCCUCUGCUAGCCGCAAGGUGAUGAGUCUGGAGGAGGUGGAAAAGGCAAUGCGAGAGCAGGCUACUCAACGAACUGCCCAGCCCGCUCUUUCCGAGUCUGUGCCUGGCGUUCAAGGCUACCCGGCCGAGCGGCCUGACUACGGCUAUGGUCGACCGGAGGCUGUUCAGCAACAAUCCUUCCAGGGUUCCGAGCAUCAGCAGCAGCACGCGGGUCAGGCUCCUCAGCACCACGGCCAUGCGCACCCUGUCACCAUUCUUCAACGACCCCAAUCCAUCUCCAAACCCACGCCGCCCAUUCAAAACACCCCCAGCCCGCUUGCUCAACCUCCCCACCCUCACGCCCCGCCUACGCAGCCAACCCAGAUCUUGCAGAAUCCCAACAGGCUUUCGGGUGAUGCCGCUCGGAUCGGUGCUCAUAGCCAGCCGCCUCACGGCCAUCACCAAGCUCAUGGUCAUCAAGCGCAUCGAUCACAAGGCUCCAUGGGCCGUGUUCCUCAGGUUGCUCAGCAGCAGCCGCAGCAGCCGCCGCCGCACCUCGCUCACCUUUCCGAGGACGAGAAGGCCGCCUACCUUGACCAAGAAACCAAGCGUGCCAAGCGCAACCACAAGAUUUGGCUCUUGUCCAAGGACAAUGGCCUCAUGACGCCUCAGGACAAGAACUUUGUGACUCGUAUCCAGUUGCAGCAACUGGUUUCGGCCACUGGUAACCCGAUCGAUCAGACCAAUGACGACUCUCUGACCGAAGAUUUCUAUUACCAGGUGCUAAGCCAGAUUCGCGGUGGUCAGCGCCAGAACCCCAAUCAGCCCCUGAACAAUUUCGCUCAGACCUACCUCUUCCAAACUGGAAGCCGUCAGGGUAACAUGAGGAGACAGGGCCGGGCUGCCGAGAACCAUGUCCAGCGAAUGGAGCAGCAGGUUCAGCGUGCUGUCGAGGCUGCCAAGAACAAGCCCAAGAACCCUCAGUUGGUCAUCGCUGGCAGUCUUGGAAAGAUCUCCUUCAGCAACGCCAAGACGCCAAAGCCUCUUCUUAAUAUCAAGCGAACCGAAAGCAGCGGAGAUGCUAACCGGCCUGGUAAUGGCAAGCGACAAGGCGGCUCGAACGGGCUGGACCGUAAGGCCAUCCUGCGAAACAUUGAGAAGGUCUAUAACACCAUCAUGAAGAUGGAAGACCACGCCCGUUUCCUUCCUCCCCCGCCCGCCAAUGGCAACGACGAGGAGUUCCAUGUGAAGCACCAGGCAUGGUUGGAGACGGCCCAGGGGCUCAAUGCCCAGCUCUGGAACGACCUAAAGGUUCACGAGCCCAUUGGUGCCACCACCAUUCACCCUUUUAUCGCGUUCCUGUCGUUCCCCAAGGGCAAGAAGGCCAUCCCUCGCGUCUUCCGACACAUCAGCUUCGAGCAGCGCACCACGAUCCUGACCAUGAUCAUUAUUCACCUUGACCAGCUGGAUGUUGUCUACGGCGCCCAGACUACUGACGGCGAGGUCAGUCUUAACGCUGCUAUGCGCGAGAGCAUUGAACUUUUCUCUGCCGCUGUCAUGCCGAGCCUGUUUGCCUACUUCAACGAGACGGAGCUUGAUAUUGUGACGGGUGUCCUUGGUCUUAUCAGCACCAAGUUGAACAUUGACCUCAUCGCCAAGACUCGCGUGGGCUGCUCGAUGUUGACUCUGAUUCUGAGCCGAGCCGAGCUCCUGAAGCAAGGUGGUGGAGGCUCUCCUCAGCUGUGGGCCGAAUGGGAACAAACCUUCGAUAUGUUCUUCAACAAGCUUGAGCCCACUCUUCACCACAUCUUCCCCGGCAGCGUCAACACGGGAGAAGACGUUGUCGUUUGGCAGCUUCUCGCGGCCGUUGGUGUCAGUGCCAACCCCGAACAACAGCAGCGCCUGGUUCUUGCUGUCAAGGACCGCGUGCUUGAUACCGUCGCUCAUGCAAAGACGCUUCCGGGCGCCAUGGCCACGACGCGGUUGGCCACUGUCAACCUUUUCAUGCACUCGAUUGGCCUGGAUGUUGAUUUGCUUCAGUAAGGGAUUUGAAGUUUGCGAUGAGGGCGUUCGUUGCGCCAAACGUGACGCAGGCCGCACCAGAAUUGAUUUAUAGUAUGCGUUGGACGCUUGGGAUACGACGAACUUGCUCGUUUCGCAUGGCCCGUGAUUUUUUGAGGGCACGGGAGCCGCUGCAUAGGCUGUAGUACUGGGGCUGCAGCUUCUAUGGAGGUUUCCACCUGCGGAAGGGGGUAGCUUGUCCCAAGGUGAUAUGCGCAAAACGAUAUCUCGUGUACAUUGAAGACACGCCUCUUUUUGAGAUGGCGCCGCCAUGUCAGUAUCGGCGGUGCGUUGCGACCAGUCUUGCUAGUUAGAGCAACCCAAAAAAAGAAAUCUGCAUUUGAAGUUCAGAGUCGAAACGAAACUUGAGUCGUCCCAUUCUUGCUUGAAAGAAUCCGGUUUGUCUAUCAUGCCGCCGCAAACGCCUAAGCUAU